AUGUUUCAUUUAUAUCACAGUUCAACAUUAGAAGAAGCAAUUACACCAGGAGAAUUAGGUUACAUAGCAGGAUCAAUAAUUUCAGCAUUAUAUUGCUUUUUUAGACCACAAAGUAAAAAAACGUUACUUUACAUGAACAUAAUAUUUACUAUAAUUAUCUGUUAUAUGGCUUUUGGCUUAAUACAACUAGCUUAUAUUUCUUAUAUAAUUUUAUUUAAUCUUAUAAUAGCAGCAUUAAUGAUCAAGUGUUAUAUUAAAAGACUUUCUAAAAAUGAAAACACAAUAGAAACUUACAAUAAGAUCCUUAAAACUAGAAAAAGAAUGUGUUGUUUAGCAAUUUUGAUAUAUAAUAGCAUCUUUAUCUUUGUUUAUAAAUAUUUUUUUGAUAAAUCUUUAAAAAAAGGAAACUUACAAAGUGGUAAAUGUAAGAUAUCAUUUAUUGCCAUACAACUAUCAUGGGUGAUACUUGAGUAUAAUGAUGGAACUAGUACAACAGAUAUAUUAAAUUAUAUCUUUUUAAUACCAUCUACAUUAUCAGGACAUUGUCCACCAUUCCAUGUUUAUUUAAAAAGAGAUACUGAAAGAUUAAAAUCAUCAAAUGUUCCACUCUCUGGGUAUUUUAUGGCGGUAGUUUUUAUAUUUGGUUCUAUUUUAACUAGAAUUCCAUCUAGAAAAGAGAAAUUAAAAAAGAUUGAUAAUAUUUUAAUACUGCAGUUAAUUAUUCUAGCAAGUGGAUAUUCUCAUAGAUUUCUAUAUUAUGGUAUGUGGGUGUUUUCAGAGUCAUCACUUUUAUAUCUCGGAAUUAAUUAUUCAAAUGUAAAGAUUAAAGAAAUUGAACUCUCUAGAUCAAUCAAAAAUACUGUAAAAAAUUUUAACAUUUGUUACCACGACUUUUUAAAGGAGUUAAUAUUUAAGUGGGUUAUGGAAUUAACGGAUAAUAAGUACAUAAGUAUUUUAUCAUGUUACUUUAUUUCAUCCAUUUUACUAGAUUUUAAAUUUAUAUAUUCAAUUGUUUUCUUUACUUUAUUAGCUGCUGGUUCAUUUUUAUAUCCUUACUUUGUUACUAACACUGUAGUUGAUUUAAUUCUUGUAAAUCUUUAUUUACACAAUUUAAAUUUACUUAUAUCACUUUCAAGUUUUAAAUUAAUAUUUUUUGUCUAG